AUGUUCCAGCCACACCCAGAGGAACAUCUGCAUCUGCGGCUGCACAGGGCACGAUCCGUCGUCCUGACAGGGCCAGAACUCGUCGAGAUCCGCGCCGCUCAACGCACAUUCGAAGGAGCCUACGUCCGCACCGCCUUGGGCCAAUUCUCCUUUUCCCUCGUCAUCCUCAAGAUCUUCACCGCCGAGUUCUACGCCAUAGGUGCCCUUCUGGCCAUCUACGGCGCCGCCAUCCUCGUCCUGGCGGCGUACAGGCGGUACGAGGGCCAGAGGCAAUUCUUCACCGCGGAGUCGCGCGAGGGCCUCCCCACGCCCAAGUUCCGCACCAGCGGGAACUCGGUCGCCCUUCUCACAGCUCUGAGUCUGGGUGCUUAUUCCGCUCUUUUGGGGUAG